GUGGCAGUCAUGCGCAAGCCGCAUAUCGAUUCCAUAGAACUUCCCACACGAUCAGGCUACAAUGGUCCAAUCGAUGGAUGAAACGAAGUACUAACGGUAGAAAACAGACAAGAGUCGGAGGAUGACGUUGGUCACAUUAUCUCCUCUGUCAACUUGUUACUGUUCUCUCUCUGCAACCGUUAAUGGCAGAAUCGCGACAUCCAUGGCUGACCCCUUGCUCUAUAACCGCUUCCUUUCUCAAAGAAGAAAUCUUUCUUCAUAUACCAGCUCCAAGUCCCGAAGCUACAUCAAAUUCAAGGCGAAAGGUUUCAAUUCGGAGGAGAAUUCCCGACCCUCAGUGGCCGAAAUUGACGCAGAUCCAGGAAAACCAGAGCUCAAGAGCCAACAUUUGAAAGACGAGAAAGCAGAAUUGUUGGGUAAAGUCUGGGAAUGGACACUGCUAGUGUCGCCCUUCUUCUUCUGGGGAACGGCUAUGGUGGCAAUGAAGGAAGUUUUACCCAAAACUGGGCCUUUUUUCGUGUCUGCUUUCCGAUUGAUUCCUGCGGGUUUUCUCUUAGUAAGCUUUGCUGCUUCUCAGGGCCGGAAAUUCCCUUCAGGGCUGAAUGCGUGGCUUUCUAUCACACUCUUUGCACUAAUUGAUGCCGCUUGCUUUCAGGGUUUUCUCGCUGAGGGGUUGGAAAAGACAUCAGCUGGUUUAGGCAGUGUAAUUAUUGAUUCACAGCCUCUGACAGUGGCUAUUCUUGCUGCACUGUUAUUUGGGGAGUCUGUUGGAUUAGUAGGAGCUGCAGGGCUUGUACUUGGGGUAAUAGGUCUUUUGCUUCUUGAGGUGCCUGCACUGAAGUUUGAUGAGACUAAUUUUUCUCAUUUGAGGGAAAGUGGGGAGUGGUGGAUGCUUCUUGCUGCACAAAGCAUGGCAAUUGGCACAGUAAUGUUCCGUUGGGUUUCCAAGUACUCUGAUCCCAUCAUGGCUACUGGAUUGCACAUGGUUAUUGGUGGCCUCCCUUUGGCUGCUAUCUCCGUGAUUAAUCACGAUCGUGCCCUUGAUGGGAGUUUGGGGGAGCUUACUUCAAACGACGUUUUGGCACUGCUGUAUACAUCAGUUUUUGGAAGUGCCUUGAGCUAUGGUGUUUACUUCUACAAUGCAACAUCAGGCAGCCUUACAAAGCUCAGCUCACUUACCUUUUUGACUCCCAUGUUCGCAUCAAUAUUUGGGUUCAUAUAUCUUGGUGAGACCUUCACGCCACUUCAAUUGGUUGGCGCACUGGUAACACUGGGAGCAAUUUACAUGGUUAACUAUAAAAGCAUGGGUGAAGCAUGAAAUGUUUUUUGAUUAUUGCACAGGAAUUCACCUACAAAUGUUUGCACAGAGAGUACCAGAGCAAACUUUACUUGUGAGAGAGUACCAGUUCAACAAAUGUUUGCACAGGAAUUCCUACAAGAGACUCAUAGAUACAUGUUUAACAUUACAUACAUGUGAUAAACCGUAAUGAAAUGAAUGUAGUGUAAUCA